CGCAUCGGAAUAAAGUGCGCAGGCAGUGCAACGAUUAUCACGUUCGCAGGCCUCUAAAGUGAUGUAAAUAACACAUAAACUGUAAAACAUCGUAAAUAAAUACGUCGGCACGUAACAAAUAUCAUCUGCCGUAGUUGUAAAGGACUCGGAGCCGCAGUGUGAUCGUUCACAACACCAUAGCAACGGUUCAGUGAGAAACGACGACACAAGUGACGGUCGCGUCCUGAUACAAUGAAUCCGUGAUAAAACAUCAAAAUAAAUAAACUUUGGAGUUGAUAGAGACAUUUUGUUUCCCGGAGUGCCACAACUCGAGGGCCUUCGUGUAUUGGAUGAACAGAAAGAGGGUGGCGGGUAUCGAGAGAGCGCGCGCGGCGCGGGGCGAGGGCGCGCGCGGCAGGUGACCGGCGGUCUGCGCGGCCGAUGUGGGCAGCGGGUGGGUGCUGCUCCCGACAGGCAGCUAGCAGGCACUCAUGCGUGACGGAGUGACUAACCGUGGCGCGGUGGCAGGCGACGCGGGCGGCGGGCCGGCCGCGCGGGCGCCGGUCAAGACCUUCCAGGCAUACCUGCCGCCGGCCCACCGCACCUACAGCUGCAUCCACUGCCGCGCGCAUCUGGCCAGCCAUGACGAGCUUAUAUCUAAGUCGUUCCAAGGCAGCCAGGGGCGCGCAUAUCUCUUCAAUUCAGUUGUGAACGUGGGCUGUGGGCCGGCGGAGGAGCGCGUGCUGCUGACGGGCCUGCACGCGGUGGCGGACAUCUACUGCGAGUGCUGCAAGACCAUGCUCGGCUGGAAAUAUGAGCACGCGUUCGAGUCCAGCCAGAAAUACAAGGAGGGGAAAUUCAUAAUAGAACUGGCUCACAUGGUGAAAGAGAACGGGUGGGACUAGGCCCGGGAGCCGCCACCGGGGCCCGCCGGGGCCCGGGCCCCGGUGGCCGCGGCGCCCGGCCGGCCCGAACAUGGCACGAGCCUAGUGGACUAAAGUGCUGUUGUGUGAUAGACUGGUCGUGGGAAACCUACGCGUGACGCCUGACAAUUCGUAACCCGUAACCCGCGGGGUCAGGUCGGACGGACUGAUAUGCACCAUGAGUGUUCCUUCUCGGCUUAAUAAAGGGGCUAUGCGACACUAGGAUGGGCUCCCGUCGACGAGCGGAGCCCUCGUGAUGAUGUGGCAGGCGAGUUGAACCGUGAAGCUCGCCUAUGAGGUCCUGAUUCCGGCGCUUUGCGUCCCUCGGCCGACGUCGCCCGAUGUCACCCGAGACAUGCAAACGUGCAACGAUCACGUCACGAUAGCGUGUAAUGGUGAGCCUCAGCACGAAGACGACUAUUUUUAUCACACUAAUAUUAUUAUUGAAACGCUGAAACUCACCAUUUCACGACGACGCGUCUGAAAAGCCGCUACAACUGUAAAGGUAUCUGUUGGAGAGCAUUGAUCAAGAUUGUUCGAUAUGUAAUAGUUAAAUUUCUUAGUGAUUGUGUGCCCCAGCUUUGCAUGUAGCUCGGAGGUUUACGAAGCUUAUUAAGACGCGUGUAGAAUUUGUGGUGUAGCGUAUCUUGAUCAACAAGAUCUUUGACAUUUACCUGUGGGUUUGAACGAGACGCUUACCUUCGAUCAUUGGCGCUAUGGAGACGCAUUCUAACGGGUACGCGAUGAUCAAGUCACGUGACCUGUCGAUAGAAGUGUCUAUAGUCUGGUCCGUGAGCACGUAGAAUUUUGUCCAAUGACCCCAAGCUACCCAUCUUUAUCGCUCGCGCGUAAUUAUGUUGCUAUCGCGCUCGCACACUCACUGCGGGUGCCAGUCGCACAGUCGCGACAGCAAUAUAAUUACGCGCGAGCGAUAAGGAAGGGUAGCUAGGGGUCAUUGGACAAAAUUCUACGUGCUCACGGACCGGGCUUUAGUGCACGUUAGCGUUUCUGCAGAGCCACGAAGCGUCUGGUUGAAGCCAGCGUGCCGCCUUAAGUCUCCGCAGUAGUGGGCUUCGCUUCGCACGCCACGCGCCAGUCAACGUAUUGUUAUCGUUAUACAUAAGUUGUCGAUCUCAACCGCCCGUCGAGGGCUCUGGGUUUAGAAUUUAUACUAAUUAUAAUUUGUAACGUUUGAUUUCCGCCGAUUCGGCGCAUCGCGACGGUCGUUAGUACAUCGUAAGUUGUCUUAGUUUUACAUUAUGUACUGUAUUAAGAGAACACUAAUACUUUCUCUUGUCCCCUUUAACCUGUGAUAAGUAUGUUAGUAUAGAAUUUUGGAUUUCUUGAACGAUUUUUUCAAGAAGUUGCUCAGAGGUAUCAGAUGUAUGUUCCUAAUGAUUUCAGCUGUACAAUUUGCUUUUUUUAUUUUAUGAGGAAACUAGUCGAAAAGUGGAUGUGUACUGGAAGGGAUCAUUUCCAUUUUGUUUUGCGCCUGAUUUAGUGAUUUUUUUAUUUUUAUUUAAUAGUUAAUUUCGACUGUUCCUCCUUUGAUUUUGAGACGUUCAUAUUGACAAAAUUGAUUAAAAAAAAAGGUUUUUAGUUUAUAUUUCUUAAACACGACUAGGUAAUAGAAAAUCUGAGGACUUUUUAGAUGAUGGAGAGAGAGAGAUGUGGACAGUUUUAUUAUUCAUUUAUUGUUUCCAUUGAAAUGUAUUAAUUGUGCGCCAUUUACCCGUAUACUUUAACUGCAUGGUUCAUUUAUAGUCUUAUCUUCGUAAUAAAUUGCAUGGGCUUUGAGUGUAUUGACUGCUGUGGUCGUACCGAGUCACCGACUUGUAUCGAUGCAGAAAUAUCGAGUCGAGAUGCGACUGCCCAGGAAAAGACGUCCGACAUCACCACUAUUAUAUCGUUAAUUAAAAUCGAAGUACUUCUAUUAAUUCUACGCAAGAACUUCAGCCGUCGCAUACCAUAAUAUAUCAAGAGCGUUGAUAACUGCCAUUAGUAUAUACCUACGUUUGUAAUAUACAUUAACUUAUAAUAAUACAAAUUCAACGUAAGUGACGCUCGUUUGAUGUUUAAAAUGUUUAUUUUUACAAUAACUAAUAAAUUAGAAUGCUACAUUAGACUCGGAUUUGUUUAGAGAUAAGUCGUUCGUCUAUUGUAAUUUUCUUUAGUCUAAUCUGGUCACGGUGAUCGGUUUAACUAAAUAGUUUGACGUUUUGGAAAUCCAAGAAAUCCUUGCAAAUGGGGCCAUUCUCGUUGAUUGCGAAGUACAGUCGAGUGCAGUAGAUAUGGACCCACAGGAAUCCUUUUACGGAGAUAAAUAAGGAUAUGAAGUGGAUAUCUAUUUGUAUACCCGACUGUACACUUAACUGUCAAACAAUUUAGUUUAUCGUCACCAAAACCGGCCAUAAAAGACGUAUUUGUGACGAUACGAACGAAGUGUGACCAUUAAAGUAAUAUAACACCAAAUAUAUUGUAAUAGCUAAAGUGAUUUGUCUUAUGAACGAGUUUUAAAUAAUUAAACAAGAGUGAUUUUUGCGUCUAUUUCAUUAUGUCGAAUGAAAUUUAUGCAAGAAUAGCUCUUCGCAAUACAAAUACCGAAUGUUCAAAUAUCAUGCGACGUGUUCGAAACAGAUACGUCGUGAGAGUAUCAUUAAUCUGUGUGAGAUGAUAAGGUUAAUCGAUAAACGCAUCGCAAGUUCACUUGUUUGUUAUAUGUAAUCGUAUUAACUGUUAUCAUAGGGUUAACUUAAGGAUUCUGAUGCACAAUGUUCAGGGAAAAUCAGUGACGGUGAAAACACAACCCCAUUUUUAAUUAUAAUAGAUGUUUUUUUACAUGCGAAUAAUUGAAUAUUGUUGAAUGUAAACGUAUAGGCGUGAGGCCUUUUUCUGUCUUCGCUUUAAACCACUGUAAAUGAUUUACAUAACAGAACUUGUAAGAGAGAUAAAGACACCAGAGUCCAAAUUGGGUAUCCUUGGCAAAACGUUAUUUUAGAUUCAGGGUUAAAGAACCUAAGGCAUCCCUAAAGGGAACUAGGCUCUCCAAUUAUUCAUAUUUAUUAAAUUCUUCUGAUUAUUUCGUGCUGGUUCAAUGACAGUUAAAUCUAGUUGCGGGAGUAGACAAAAUCAAUAGAAAGGCGUACUUGCAAGUUGCAUUGGUGCGAACAAGAAGUGAGAAAUUAGUCCCAAUUUUCUUUUAUCUGAAAAACAUCACAUACAACCCUAAAAAAUAAGAACCCUGGGAGCUGUUAUGUACAUUAUCUACUUCGUGGUAUAUACACAGGGGUUUACAACAGUUUUCUACAUCCAUUCGUUUAAAUUACGGUGCACGCUUCACUCGCGAGCACAGAAUAAGGCCGACAUUUUCAUCGUGAACAUUAUGCAACAUUAUAAUCGAAACUUAUUGAGAUUGUCACAGUAGUUUAGAUUUAACACUCUUAGACCUAUUUCUCCUUGAUCUUCAAAGCCGACACUAAAAGCCCCUUUAUUCAUAGAAACCUGCAAGUUUUUUGAAACACUGUUUUGUCCCUUUUCACUGCAGCUAAAUUGUCAUUUGGCAGAAAGUGACAAAGCAUUCAUUAAUUUUUAUGAACAAGGGGGUAAUUCGAUAGUUUGAGAAAAAGAGAUGGAGCUAGAUUUCUGAGGCAUAAUUAAAAGUAUUUUUCUACUUGAUCGUAUAGGGAUGCUAUUAGAUAUUUUUGGACCAUUGUUAAGAUUAAAAACUAUGAUCAGUAUUCGUGGAGUGAGGGUAAAGAAUAUUUAAUGUUAGAUUCCGUGGAUGUCGUUUGAAGUGGUUGGCGAGAUUAGAGAAACGCUUUCUAUAGCUCUUCGACUUGCACCCACACACUACUACCUAAGUAUACCACCUCUUGACGUUUCUGAGGGAUUGUUCUGUCUACAGACUUCUAACGUACAUUCCAAGCAAAUAUUGUCUACAAAAACCAACUCGAGUCAGAAAUGUUUGAAUUUGUUAAAAAAAGUCUACACACGACAGUGUUACCCAAAAUAUUUAUGGACUACCUUGAUGUAUUAAAAUAAUGGACAAUCUUUUAGAAAUGUCGAGAACAAAGGUCUUGGAGUGUUAACUAAUGACCAAGAUAAAGGACAUCGUAUUUAUAAAAGGUGCAUUUCACAAUGUACGUGUACAUUUCGCAUAUUUUAAAAAUAAGAUAUCCCGGUAGGUGUUUACCAAGAAACCGCUUAAUAUUUUUGUAUUUUCCUAGUAUGUAACGAAGCAUUAUAAAUUCGUGGUGUCUUCUAACGAUUGUGUAUGCAUUAUGCUAUAGAUGAAUAUAUCGUAAACAUUUGGUUGAAAUAAUAAGUGCGUAAUAAAACACUUUUUCGUAUUAAAA